AUGUCGCGGUCAGUGUGGCGUAAUUUGAGCGCGGCCCCAUACGGCUUGGCCGCCUUUGGUCAGAUUUGUUUACAAAUCAUUUGGAUUUCACUCUGUAAUAAAAAGAGGAGAGAAAGGAUUGCUUUUGCUGAUAAAGUUAGCCAUAAAGUUGCGUGCAAGCUUUUCGCGAUUUUAUACAAGUUUUUGUGAUUGAUUUUUAUUUAUUUAAAAAAAAACAUUUUAUUUUUUCUUAGAUUUUAAGAGAGUGAAAGAAAGUACUUGCUUUCAAAAAAUUGCUAAAAAUUAGCCAUAAGUAGGGACCGCAACCGAAUUUUCAAAAAAAUGUUUGAGCUUCAAUGUUACUCUAGUUGAAUAGCUGCUCCAAUUUACUAUGCAAAACAGUUUAGUUUUUAAAAAAAGGUUGAAAACAAGCAAAGUUAUUGUCAAAACAGUAGUGAAAAAAGUCGCGAAAUUUAGUACUGAAAGUUUAGAUUUUACACUUUUGGUCGUUCAUUGUGUUUUCAUACCGGAUUUAAAUUUUUUUUAGUAGUUUAAUUAGGUUUUCAAAGUCAUAAUAAGUCAUUAAAACAGUAUCAAACCACAAGUUUGAAGAGAAAAGCUAUUUUUUCAUGGAAAUUAAUAAAAAUGGCCGCUGCGAGGAUCGAACUCGCGAUAUCAAAACUGUAUGCAAGCGCACUUGCGCUGCUCCAAGUACAUCUCGGAGAUGGGAGGCGAUCGCGCUAUACAGCACUUCACCUCAAAGUACAGCAUUUACCGACUAUCUUGUUUAAAAAAAGUUAUGAUAGUUGAACAAUUAUUAGUCACGUGUGUUCGGACCACCUAAAAAUAAUUUAUUCAUAAAGAUUCAAUUCAAAAUACCUCCCUUUUUCGGCGUUUUUUUUGUUAUUUUUUUAACGUUGGCUCCAAGUUAACAAUAAUUAAACUUUUUAGGCACCGCUAAAAAUUUUUUUAUUUUAUUUUUUUAAAUGAUUGAAAAAUUGAGAUACGCUAAUAUUUAAGAAAUAAAAAAAGGCGCCAACGACAUCUGACCAUGCUAAAAUGAAUUUCGAAAUUUUCCCUGUCUUUUUUUUCUCAGAAAACAAAGUUUUCGGAAUAAGGUUUAUACUAAUAAAGUUUUAGUUACAAUUUAAUGCACAAGUUAAAAUAAAAAUUUUUUAUUUACACGCCCUCGAAACCGAGUACAAAAUUUUCAACUUUGCUCGUCCUCACGAAAAUUAGGCACCGUAAAAAUUUUAAUUUUUUUGUCUUAAAAGAUUUGUUUUUCAAUUAAAAAUCGAAUUCGAAAAUAAAAAAAGACGCCAACGACAUCGAACUAGGUUAAAAACCCGAAGAACAAAAGUAGUUUUGGUUUUUCGUACGACACUCCGCUGAAACGCUACGGAAAUCGGGGGAAAAAUAUAUCAGAUUGAAGAGGAAGGUUUUCUUUAUGUUUCCACAAAUUUUCUCUGUGUUUGGUUCAGUAUUGUGAUUUUACGAAAACAUCAAACACAAAAUCUAAAAAACCAGUGCAUUUCACCAUCGAAAAAAGGGGCCUGGCUUUGCGGACUCUAGCCAUAAGUCGCGUAAGCUGUGUGAAGAGAACUCUUUGUGAUUUUUUAAAAUUAUAGAACUGAAAACUUGUAUAUUCUUUCAUUUAUGAAUCGAUUUCAGAGAGACCAUUUGAGCGCAAUAAAAAAGUUUCUUCCGUUCAUCCAUAAUUAUACACGGGCAGUCUUUUUGACAUGCGCCACUACUUCCUCCCGCAAUUUUUUUUUUGAAAAGGUCCCCUACUAGCCUUAGGAAAGAUUCAUAUUUCUGAUAAGAAGAUACCCUAGGAGAAUACCUGGGUAGUAGCUGUCGGAAAUAAAAUGUUAGUGCCCUUGUAUGGCCAUAUGCGCAUGAAGUUUUUACGUAAUGUAUCAUCUAAAAUUUCAUUGGGAAUUUCGUCCAGAAAAACUCCCAAAACUAUGUAAAUUUUUCUUUUACUGACUAUGAGACUGUGAAAUUGAUCAUCGUUGUAAAACAUAGAAAAAAAAACAUUGCGUUCCUCAUCGCCAAGGCUCCCUUGUGAUAAGAGCCUCUUUGCUCAGUGUCCUUGGACGCCUUACACUUUUUUCGUUGAGAAUUUGAACUCGUACGAUUCUUGUGACAAAAAAAGAGAAAAGUUGCCGAGAAUUGAGAUGUAUGGAGAAAAACUUUGAACUAAGGAAAAAAAAAUCGUUCAUGCCUAUUUGCCCACUAGUUGUAAUUAAACGGUCGAACUGGACUAUUUCGAUGGUGCCGAGUCCGAAAUUUAAAAAGCAUUUUUUCCAAUCACUUUAAUUUAAGAAAAAAAUCGCUUUGCCAAUCAAUUGAAACUUACAAAAAUUUAUUUUUUUGAUUUAUUUAUUUUUUUUACAUGAAUGUUCGUUUUUUUUAGGGUUAAAAUAGGGUUAAAAAAACGAGUUUUUUUUUGAUGUGUUCUGUGAAAGUCAAUUGUCUCAUCAAUUGUUUUCCUGAAGAUGUCAGUUUCCGCCCCUCUCUGACCGUCAAGUUUUGGCUUCAAAUUGACAGUUCUCGGAUAUAUUUAUCAAAUGAGUUAGGGAAUUACGUGGAGUCGGUUCAAAUAAUUUGCAAAUAAUGUCUACCAAGUUUUUAGUUGGAUUUUUGAUGAAAUUCGUUGAAAUUCAUAUAUAAAGGCAUAGGGGCAGUAAAAAAAGGUGUUUCACUUCAAAGCAUUACUUUGUAGAGCUUUUCAUUGCGAAUCGAACGGUGAACUUGAAAACGUACCGAACUUCCUAGUUUUGGAGAAAAAGUAAUUCAAAGUCAGAGAGAAAAAAGUUUGAGUUCCCGCCAAAAAGGGCGUUUUGCAUUAAAGUCGCUCUAUGGACAACAGGUACCGCCAUUUUUCGGAUUCUCGCUUUUUUCUUCGUUUCUUUCAAUGUUCAAUUUUUUCUGUCGUCACCAAAGUUCUUUUUUUCACGAAAACGUUCUAUUCAAACUUUAAUCGCAAAAAUGCUUCUCUGGUGAAAAAUGAUGAUUUUACAUUGGUUUCGAUUUGGAUUGCGACAUUUUGUGUUCUCUAUUUAACGGUGUAUUUUAUUUGUUUGAUUAAAUGUUUUUUCAGAGAAAAAACCAUUGAUUUGAAGCAGAUAUCCGGUUAUUUUUCACAAAAUGCGAGUCUAAUGAGACGUCCGCAACAUCGCGUGCACAGCUACUGUAAUCAGCUGUCCGAGCACUGAUCCAAAGCAUAUUUCAAAUUAAAAGGCGGGAAAGUAAAAUCGCGUUUUUCUUCUACAGUUGUCACAUUUGUAAUUUUUUUGAUAGCACAGCUCGUUUCGCAAUAAAAAACUAUAUAAGAUACUGCUUUCACCUGAAACCCCGUUUUUUUACUGCCCCUACGCCACUGAAGAUUUUCUUCUUGGAAUUGAACUAAGAAUCAUUAUUUCGAAGAAGUUUCUCUAGAAAGAUAGAAAUGAUGAAAAUCAAUAAUUUUGUUUUUCAGGUUGGAGAGCUUUUGCAGAGAAAGAAAACGGGGAAACGGACAAGUCGAUAGUGGUGUUCAAGUGCGAAAAGCCGCUGCCUAAGAAUUUUGAGGUAUUUUUGUCGAUGAAAUGACAAAAAUCAGAUAUUUUCUAGCCUUUCAAUAUUGACCGCUACCUGGCUGAGAAGAUUCUCAAGGAGCUCGACAUUGACCCAAAAUAUGCGAUUUUUUAG